AUGAAGCCGUUCAGAAGAGUUUUUCAGACAUUCGAUGCGGGUGAUCAUUUUCGAAUUUUAUGCGAAGAAACAGAAACUGGGCGAAACUGGAGUGUUUUUGCUACAAAAAAUCUUCAUCCUGUUGAUGAAUACAAUAUCUUUCUAAUCGACCACGCAUGGACAUUUCGGCCACAUCAAGCACGAGCUCAACUUGAGCAGUUGCCUCAACUAGUAGAUCGAAUGAAAAAUCUGCUCGACAUUGAAGAAUCUGAAGACAUGGAGGGAAUGGGGGAGGAGUCUGAGCCUGAAAAUGAGGUAACAUCGGAUGAACAAGAACGUAAAAUAGUUCAGCAAAAAAUUGAAGCAUCCGCCAAUAACGAUACACCACUUCCUCGGCUGGAGUCAGUUGACGCCCGACUCUGCGAUGCUGUCAAAUAUGAGGACACAGUGGUUGACAAAAUUCUAAGAAAGAUGUGGAAACAUAUCCAAACUUAUACAAUAAGAAGCAACCAG